AUGCUGGGCUAUGUCGAUGGAACUAUGGUUCCACCACCUCGCUUUGAACCAGAAACCUCUUCAACACUCAACCCCAAAUAUUUGGCAUGGAGAGCAGCCGAUCAACGACUUCUCUGUCUCCUGCUCUCCUCUCUCACUGAGGAAGCCAUGGCUGUUGUCGUUGGUCUCUCUACUGCACGUGAUGUUUGGCUUGCGUUGGAAACUACGUUCAGCCAUCAGUCGAAAGCUCAUUUAGUCUCUAAAGCUGAAAGUUUUGAGUUGUUUCAGCUCUCCCUUGAGUCCUCUAACUCCACUCCUACAGCAUUCACAGUCACUAAUCGUGGUCGCACCCAUGGAAGCCACCCUGCUUCCUUUACCAACCAGCGAGGUCGUUCUUAUUCUCACAAAAACAACUCUUUUAAUCGAGGACGAACCCACUCAAGUCAAGGUCGUCGACCACCUCACUGCCAAAUAUGCCGCAAAGAGGGCCAUUAUGCUGACCGCUGCAACCAACGGUAUGUUCGACCUGAUUCUUCUCAUGCUCACCUUGCUGAAGCCUUUAACACGUCAUGUUCUAUUGCUGGACCCGAUGCUGCUGAUUGGUUUCUGGACACUGGAGCUUCGGCCCAUAUGACUGCCGACCCAUCUAUUUUGGAUCAGUCUAAAAAUUACACGGGUAAGGACUCUGUGAUUGUAGGAAACGGUGCAUCCCUACCCAUUACCCACACCGCUUUUACCGUCGAUGCUCAAUCUAGCGCCGAUGUUGUUUUUUAUUUGGAAUCAUAUGGUAACAUAGUGCCUGGUACUGACAUCACGACGGCUUUAGCAAAUGCAUGGAAGGAUGCAUGCGCGUCCAGUCGUUCUAGUGCAAUUGUCAUUCCGGGAGGGAUUUUUGAAGUAAGGGAAGGGAAGUUUGCAGGACCUUGUAAAAACCGAAUUGACUUCCAACUUGGAGGAACACUGCGGGCACCAAAAACCCUUCCGGGAGAUAAUUGGAUUAUUUUUGCACAUAUUGACAGAUUGACAGUAUCGGGUGGAGGAGUUUUUGAUGGCCAAGGAAAGGAAGCUUGGGGAAAGAAUGAUUGCUAUAAACGCAUAAAUUGUGCCCAACUCCCCAUUAGUUUGAGGUUCAACUUCAUCACCAAUUCAAUCGUGACGAGAGUAACGUCACUUGAUAGCAAGAACUUCCAUAUCAACGUCCUCGGCUGCAACAACCUCACAUUCCAUAAUAUCAAUAUAAUUGCACCAGAAAACAGUCCCAACACUGAUGGAAUACACAUCGGUCGAUCAAAUAGGAUCACGAUCACAAAGUCCAAAAUUGCAACAGGAGAUGAUUGCAUUUCUCUUGGAGAUGGAAGCAGACAAAUUGAAGUCGCCAACGUGACAUGCGGGCCAGGACAUGGCAUAAGCGUCGGAAGUCUUGGAAGAUACACCAACGAAGAACCUGUUGAAGGUGUCCUCGUAAAGAACUGCACGAUGAUUAACACCACUAACGGUGUCAGGAUCAAAACGUGGCCAGGUUCUGCUGCUAGCGGCACCGCCACCAAUAUGCACUUUUUGGACAUUAUAAUGGUCAAUGUUGGCAACCCUAUUCUAAUAGAUCAAGAGUAUUGUCCGUGGAAUCAGUGCAAUCGGCAGAUUCCUUCGAAAAUUAAGAUUAGUAAAGUGAGCUUCGAGAACAUUAGAGGAAGUUCUGCAACUCCCGUGGCAAUCAAACUUAUUUGCAGCCGUAACUUCCCAUGCGAAGAAGUGAAAUUUCGUGACAUUGACCUCACUCCCAACGAAAUAGCAGGUCCUAUUACAUCCCAAUGCACAAAUGUGAGACCCAUCAUCUCAGGAAAACAGAACCCUAAAAUAUGUGCCUCUCCUUAUCAACCUCCCCUGAAUUGUUCAUUGAAUUAUUCAUGGAAUUGUUCAUUGCCAUAG